AUGAGCAGCCGCUGCCCCCUCAUCAAGGACUACUAUCCACCCAGGUCGCCCUUUUGUCCCGUCUCUCCGGCCCUUGGAGGACGCCACCAAGACCUCUGGAUCGGAGAGGAGACCAAACGGUCCAUGCCGCCGCACGUGUACAAAUACUAUCUGCAGAGGACGAGGUUCUGCAGAAGGGCUAGUCUGAAGGUAAGAACAAUUGAUAUCCUAUCCUGUCUGUGCGGGCCUACCGGAAUACCCGCCUCACGUGCUCCGGCUAACCGACGGCGUCGUCGCGCGCCACCUAUCGCCGCCCCGCUCUGCCGCCUCUCUCGACCGCCCGCCAGUGCGCCGCAACGCCGUCCCGGAGGCGGCAGCUGCGAACGUGUGCCGUCGAGACGCCGACAGUCCGGCAGCGUCGUGACGCUGGUCGCGGGUGCGAAUCGUCUUCAAGGUAUCAAAUCGGCAGGGAUUCAAACGACCAUGAUUUUCGGUGCGCGCGUACUGGAUCCGUAUGGGGCCGCCGGAUGGCCCCCCCAACCGCGCCAGCCCCGCCGCGGGGGGCCGGCGGGGGGGCCCCCGCACCCGUGGGGCAGCGACGGCAGACCAGGCCGGUCGUCGGACCCAGUGACCCCGGUGGGGGGAACCCCCUCCCACCACGGGCCGUCAUUCCCGCACGUGUCGUGCCCCGUGCACAGCCCCUUCAGGUUCAGGAACCCAUUAAAUUCCUCGAAAGUAUCAAAUUCCGCUUCUCAACAAUUCCACAUUCUGCGCGACAUUAUAAUGAGGCUCAAAAAUGUAUUCAGGACAUUCGGAGAAACCCUCCUGCAAGCGCACGACGUCGUCGCUCACGAGGUGUACGGCGAGGAUGCCCUCCGAGUCACGCCGCCCCCCCUGCCCCCCUACCUCAACGGGGGCGGCGGCAUCGGUGGCGUCGGCGAUGAAAUGGACGGCCUCGACGGCGACGUCGAAAUGGAGAACGUCACCAGGGUGCGGUUGGUGCAGUUCCAGAAGAACACCGACGAGCCGAUGGAUGGAAAAUGUAUAGUAGCCAGGAUAAUGCACGGAGGUAUGAUCCAUCGACAGGCCACGCUGCACGUGGGGGAUGAAAUUCGGGAGAUCAACGGCAUACCUGUCGUCAACCAGUCUGUCAAUGCCCUACAGAAAAUUCUCAGGGAAGCAAGAGGAUCUGUAACGUUCAAAAUAGUUCCUUCUUAUAGAAGCGCACCACCACCAUGUGAGAUUUUUGUGAAAGCACAAUUCGAUUAUGAUCCGUUAGAGGAUGACCUCAUUCCUUGUGCCCAAGCAGGAAUUGCCUUCAAAACCGGUGAUAUUCUUCAGCAUGUAGAUAUUGUGUAUAAGGUAUCAUCUGAUAAUCCUAUAGAAGUAGUCAAUUGCUCAAUAUUUGGUCGGAAGAAGAAACAAUACAAGGACAAAUAUUUGGCGAAGCAUAAUGCCGUUUUUGACCAAUUAGAUUUAGUUACCUACGAGGAGGUGGUGAAAUUGCCCAAUACAACGAGACAACCGCGGUCGGACGAGGAGAACGGCCGCAACUACUUCUUCGUGUCGCACGACGAAAUGAUGGCCGACAUCGCGGCCAACGAGUACCUCGAGUACGGCACGCACGAGGACGCGAUGUACGGCACCAAAUUGGACACCAUCCGCCGGAUACACCAGGACGGCAAGAUGGCCAUCUUGGAUGUGGAACCGCAGGCGUUGAAGUCCGAGAUGCUUCGCGUCGCGUACGGUCACUACUUCGACCUCACCAUCACCAACAACGACAUCGACGAGACGAUAGCCGCGUUGGAGUCGUCGAUCGAGCACGUGCAGACCGCCCCGCAAUGGAUACCCGUGUCGUGGGUCUACUGA